AUGCCCAGCCUUUCCUACAAAAAUUUAGAGACAGUCAUCGAGACCGUGUCCGAACCUGCAUCGAGCACGGACAAAUUGUUUCCGGAGAUUUUGACCAGUGGGCGAGACAACGAGGCAGAGGAGUACGAGCUUUCAAUGUACGAUGAUGCAACGGACGCAGCCCAGAAUGAGGACUCUAUUCUCCAUGAUCUUUCAGCAAUCCUUCCCAGUCACUUCUCCAUUACAAGGGAAGUGAGGCAGAACCCUUCUGAGAUAGAGAAGCAAAAGCACACCAUGGCCUACUCUGGUACACCAACUCUUACCGAAAUGGGGUCGACGACUACGAUUCAGACUCCUGUGCAGACGGGUUCCAUAGCCCUGUCUGAAUAUGCGUCCCGGAUUCCAGUAUUAUCAGUGACGGAACACACUGCAGUGCCUGGCAACAUGGGGGGUACUCGGGAGGAGGUGGAGGAGGCAGAGGAGGCAGAGGAGGCAGAGGUAGUGAUGGAGGAACAGGACAGGGGAGUAAUACAGGAAGAGGGUUUAGCAGGUCAGGCAGACUGGGUAGCAGGGGCGGUGGCAUGGGCGGUGGCAGUGGCAGUGAACCAGGUGGCAGAUCUGGACCAGGAGGAGGAGGAAGCGGUGGACCAGGUGGACCAGGCAGAGGUGGUGGCAGUGGCAGUGGCAGAUCAGGACCAGGUGAAGGAGGAGGAGGACAAGGGCCAGGGAAAGAAGCUUAGGCAAUAUUUCAAUGACCUGGCGGAGCUGGCGGCACAGGCUGGACUUACUGGUGAUCAGAGAAUUCACUACGUGCUGCGCUACUUGAUGGUCCAGCAGGAGGAGCUAUGGUCAACGGUCCUGGUGGCAUCCACCGUGAACUUCGCCCUCUUCAAGCAACAGAUCUUUGAGCUCUACCCAGAAGCAGAAGGUGACUGCCUCUACACCAUUGCCGAUCUCGAACAGUGCAUCACAGAGGCUCUCGCUCGGGGUAUCCAUACCCGCACCAAAGAGGCGAUCUACUUCUGA